UUUGGUAUGGAAAAAUAGGUUAGGUCGGUUUUCUGAUUUACUGAAUGAGCACGAGGUGUUCAAGCGUUUUGUAUUUUGUGUAUUGUGUUUUAUAAUUCUUUAAUUAAAUUUAAAUACAUUCAAUUGAAAAAUGGGGUUUUCACGAGGUGGACGCGGUGGUUUCGGCGGCGGUAGAGGAGGCGGCGAUGGUAGUCGAAACAGUGGAGGCGGACGUGGUGGUUUCGGAGGCCGAGGUGGUGGUGAUGGAGGCCGAAACAGUGGGGGUGGUCGCGGUGGUUUCGGAGGACGAGGGGGUCGUGGAGGCGGACGCGGUGGUCCAGGAGGACGCGGUGGUCCUGGUGGUGGACGAGGUGGUCCUGGAGGACGCGGUGGAUUUGGGGGACGUGGAGGUGGGAGAGGUCGCGGUGGCGGCCGUGGAGGAGGAAGAGGGGGAUUCAAGGGGGGUAAAACAAUCAUCAUUGAACCCCAUAGAUUGCCAGGAAUAUUUGUUGCUAGAGGAAAAGAGGACUGUCUAGCCACUUUGAAUUUAGUCCCAGGCUCUGAAGUUUACGGUGAAAAAAGAAUAUCUGUCGAAACUGAGGGCAAGAAAAUUGAGUACAGAUUAUGGAAUCCUUUUAGAAGUAAAUUGGCUGCAUCAAUAAUUGGGGGUGUUGAAGAUGUCUUCAUCUCGCCAGGAAAGAAAGUUCUAUACCUAGGUGGAGCAUCGGGAACGACGGUAUCUCACGUUUCAGAUAUUGUUGGACCAGAAGGUCUGGUAUAUGCUGUUGAAUUUUCACCCAGGUCUGGCAGAGACCUCGUAACAGUCGCCCAGAAAAGAACGAACAUAGUUCCUAUCAUCGAGGAUGCCAGACAUCCGCUCAAAUACAGGAUGUUGCUAGGAAUGGUUGAUACUAUAUUUGCUGAUGUUGCGCAACCGGACCAAGCUAGAAUCGUUUCUAUAAAUGCGGACCUUUAUCUUAAGAACGGUGGUCAUGUCGUCGUUUCCAUUAAAGCUAGUUGCAUCGAUUCAACGGCAAACCCGGAGCAAGUUUUUGCUUCUGAGGUAUCAAAACUUAAGUCGUUUAAAUUCAAGCCCAUCGAGCAGCUCACCCUGGAACCUUUCGAGAAAGAUCAUUGUGUUGUCACUGCGAUAUAUAGGCCGCGUCCUAAUUGAUGAGGGGAGUUAUAUUUUGGAACUGAGAUGAUCGAGUUUCGACCUUUUUUUGACAAUUUGUGAAUUUCAUAAAUAGCAUUUUGAUUCCUCGGACUCGUUUAACGGCCUUCUCUGUCUUUACUGUUUCGUCCUUUCAUAACCACCACUUUUUUGUCAUGUCACCUCAUGCUUCUAAAUAGCAUUUACCUGGCCUUUAGAAUGAAUUAUAUAUAAACAAAAACUGUAUUGAAUGAUAUUUACAGUGUUUUAAUUUUGGGCAUUUUUUGUCCAUUCAAAUAAAAAACUAAAUUGAUUGUGAUUUUGUCACAGUUCUGUUUUAUUUAGUACUUGAGGUGACUAGUGGAAUCCAAUGCUUCAGUGAAAUACCUAUAGUUUUUGAUAAAUUUUUUACCUUACUUUUAAGUUCCAGAAAAUUUUCUAAUAAUCACAGUUUCAUAAAUAGCAAGAUACAAAUGUGUUGGUAAUUGUGUUGUUUCUGAGUUUUUUUUUUUUCUGAACUCAAAUAUUUUGAUUUCAUCAGUAGGAUCUGUGUUUAAUAGAACUUUUACUUAUGGAUACUAUAGAAUUUUCCGUAUUUUAUUUCACGGAUCUCUGUACAUAUAUGUAUAUUCGUUUUAUAAACUUUAAUGGUAGGCUGAUAGAUUAUUAAAAUACGUUUAUGAAGAUUCUAGAAUAUGACCAUGGUAAAUUGUGAAUUUACUACGAAUGGAUCUUGAAAUGUAUAAUUUUUAUAAAUGAAUACAUUGAAAAUAAACUAUUUUUAAGAA